AUGGCGUCGAGAACUGAUGCGCGGCUGUUGAAGGCAACUAAAUUCCCACCGGAGUUUAACAAGAAGGUGGAUAUGCAAAAAGUGAACCUAGGCGUCAUGAAGAAAUGGAUUGCCAGCCGCAUUUCCGAGAUUCUUGGCAACGAGGAUGAUGUUGUCAUCGAAAUGUGCUUCAACCUGGUCGACGGACCUAGAAACCCCGAUAUCAAAGCCCUCCAGAUCCAACUUACCGGGUUCCUCGAUAAAGACACGGCGUCAUUCUGCAAAGAAUUAUGGAAGCUAUUCCUCAGCGCCCAAGACAGCCCACAAGGCGUCCCGAAAGAGCUGCUAGAGGCAAAGAAGCUCGAGCUCAUGCAAGAAAAGGUGGAAAGCGCCGAGACGAACCCGAGCGACGCGACCGCAACAUACUGCCUUCCAACGAUCGGGACAGAAGAGACGGACCGAGAGAUCGGGCGGAUAAUCGACCGGGACGCUGGGGUGACCGUGGCGUCGACAAUCGCGGAGCCAACCAUCGCGGAGCCGACAGUCGCCCAGUCGAAAGUCGUGGAGGCCCUAGACCUGCGCAGAGAUCGCGUUCUCCUGAGGCGCGGGGAAACCGCGGACAACGGAGCUCAUACAACGGCGACAGCUAUGUACCACGAGGACGGGAUGGACCACAGCGUGGACGAGAUGGACCACAGCGUGGAAGAGAUGGACCACAGCGUGGUCGAGAUGGACCACAGCGGGGACGAGACCGCCGAUCGCAGCGCUCCCCAUCCGCUUCGUCUUCUAGAUCUAGCUCUUCGUCGCGCAGCCGCUCGCGCUCUCCACCCCGACGCCGAGACUCGACCCGACGCCGAGACUCACCCCGACGUGGUACUACGCUACGAAAGCGAUCAAGGUCUCGAUCCCGCUCACCCCAACGCGACACGGAUCGUUCUCGCCGACUUGGAGACGGAAGCAAAUCACCUGCUGCCAAAAGGGCGCGGCAGGACCCAAGAAGCAGGUCCCGGACCGCAGCGGCAGCCGGAGCCGGAGCCGGAGCCGGAGCCGAAGUCGAAGCCGGACCAGGGCGCGGAAGAGUAG